AAAUGAGAAAUGGCCUCGAACGAAACAUGUUCAGACUGUGUGUAACCGCACUCAACAGCUGAACAUGUUCACCUGAAGUAGUUCAGACUCCCGUGUAACCGCGCCCUUCGUUUGGAAUUUCUUUCUAACUGGCAACUUAAUAUUCAACAUUUUUUACUUAAUAUUCUUGAAACUAAUAUGGCGUUCAUUGCUACUUUGCCUGUCUAUAAACCUUUACUUACUCUAUGCUAUAUAUAGAUUGGAAGGCAAAUGUUUUCAUUGUUGUUUUUUAAAUAGAAUUUCAAAAUGGCGCAGGUAUGAAAUUUAUUUGAUUUUGUUAUUGAAUUUUGUAUUCCUAAAUUUUUUAUAAAAAUGACUUCGUGGAGGGAUAAGUAUUCGGCUGGGUAUCUUUCCAACGCGGAAGACACGUCCUUGAAUGAUCUUGUCCACGUGCUGCACCAGACCAAAACCCAGUACAAGCCUUUGCCAGGCUUCGACAGCACCUCCUGCGCCGUCGAGGAGCGACUCAUGGCCGGAGUCGACUGCGACGAGGUUUAUCCCGGCAUCUUCAUAGGAGAUGCCGGUGCCGCCAAGGACCGGGAGUACCUGAAGAGGCUGGGGGUGACCCACGUCCUGAACACCGCGGAGGGGAACCGCUUUGGGAUGGUGAACACCAGCCGCGACUACUACCGCGGCACAAACAUCAAGUACCUGGGCAUCCACCUGAUGGACUUGCCUAUGACCAACAUCGGAGCCCACUUCGCUGAGACAGCAGAGUUCAUAGAUGAAGCCAUCAGAAAUGGAGGCAAGGUGAUGGUGCACUGCCUGAUGGGCAUGUCGCGCUCCAGCACCUGCGUGUUGGCGUACCUGAUGCUGAAGCGCGGCCUCUCGGCGGCCGACGCGCUGCGCACCGUGCGCUCGAGCCGGGACAUCCGCCCCAACGACGGCUUCCUGCGCCAGCUGGUGGACCUGGACAACAAGCUGCGGCGAGACCGGGCCCGCGGCACUGCACUGUGACACUUGUGAAUACUCUCUUACUGUGCCACAUUGACGCUAUCCAAACUAGAUCGGUUUUCAAAAUGCGGUGUUAAUUUUAUAAAUACUUAUUUAUUCAAAAUCGAAUAUAAAGUGUUCUUGAGCUAUAUCAGUUGGUAUUUUUUUUUAUAUGCUUUUUGAGAUCUGUGCAGUAGUUGCAAAUGCAUUUUUUUUUUAUGUUUGAAAGAAGAAAACACCGAACACUAUUUUUUUGUUUUAAAGAGAAGUAAAUAUAGCAACGAGCAUCUAAACCGUCCUAUUGAGUUCUGCUUUUUGUGCUCGAAAAUGUAACAAUAAAAAAAAAUUUGCUACUUGUAAAA